UAACCCCCAAUCUAAGCUCUUAAAGCUGAGUGUCAAGUAGGGAGGCAUUGGGACCCACCUUUAAAGUCCUUGGUAUGACACUCUACCACUAGGUUACUGAGAAGGUUUGAACUAAAUGGAUUUCUAGUCCUCAGUGCCUCAUCAUGGUGGACCUGUUUGUUGACCGGGUCCUUUUGAAGAACAACAAAGACCAGGAUGAGCUGGACACAGAGCGUGAGAUUGUUAUGCGCCUGCAGAACCGGAUCCUGAUGCUCUUCUUUGCGUCUGCUGAAUCUGAGACCUGUCAGCAGUUUGCUCCCAGACUUCAUGACUUCUUCAAACAGCUGACUGAUGAGUUUUACGUGGAGCGCUCGUCUCAGCUGGUUCUUCUUUACAUCAGUUUGGAUCAGUCGGAGGACCAGCUGGAAACCUUCCUCAAGGAGCUCCCCAAGAAGUCCCUGUUUCUGGCCUAUGAGGACCCCUACAGGAGGCAGCUGGAGACCAUGUUUAACGUGCAGGAGGUGCCGACUGUGGUGGUUCUGCGACCUGACUGCUCUGUUCUCAUCUCCAAUGCAGUGGAGGAAAUAACCCACCUUGGUCCAGGCUGCUACCAAAACUGGCACGAAGCAGCAGAGCUUAUCGACCGGAACUUUCUUACCAAGGAAGACUUUGAGGACAAGUCCAUGCGCAGCUUCAGCGACCCCAUUAGAAGGCUCAAAUAUAAGGUGGAUGAUGAGAAGAAGAAAAAGAAGAAGAAGAAAAACAGAGGUUGGGGUGGAGGUGGUGAUGAAAAGGAGCAGGUGGAAGCAGGAGCACAGAACGAGGAUGGAGUAGGGUCGCCAUGGUGAUGGAGAAUCGGAGAAUGUGAACUCACUCAAAAUUGUUGCUAUUAGAGAUUUAAAUCUAUUUUACAAAGCUUCUGGUGCAGACAAUAAUAUUUAACCUUUCUCUACUAAGGAAAAAAAAACACUUGUGCACCAUACCAUACUACCAUACAAUAGCAUCGUACCACACAGGGCUUUCACAUCUGGGUCGGCACAAACCAACCCCGGUUUGGUUUACUGCGUUCACAUCUGGGUAACCUGUUCGUUUUCUGUGCUCAGCUGACCGUUUUCUUUGGACCUGUUCUCUAGCUGUCUGCUUUGUGCGAAGCCAACACGACGAACCUACGACCGACUGAUUAGUUGGCCAAAGUUCACGCCUACCUAUGGAGGGAGGCUCUGAUUGGUGAGUAGAAUCAGCCAGCAGUGUGCACGCGCAACUCAUGAUCAGUCUGGAUACGGUGGGGUAAACGACUUCUCCGACUCCUGCUCGGACCUGCUGCUCCAGGCUCAGGCUCUUCAAAACAGAUCUUACAAGUUGUCUUCUUGUGCAUUGCCACAAAAACAAUUAAUAAAUAAAUAAAUAAAUAAAUAA